UUCUCCCCUACAAAAUGCUCCUAUUUUCCAAGAUUGCAUGAGCACUGAGAGUACUGCAUGUUCAUUCUCACUUCUCUCUAAGAUCUUUCACAUAUAUACUUGGUAUUCCGUAUCUUCUUCAUCUCUUCAGCGUGAGAAUCAAAGUAAGCAACAGAGGAAGUAAUGAGCAGCAGCAGCGGCGUUGCGGAGGAGAGUCUGGUGGAAGCUGCGCUGAGAGUGCUGAACACCGCGGACCCAUUUGAGAAAGCUCGGCUUGGCGAUGAAGUUGCAAACAAAUGGCUGCAAGGACAUAUCACUCGCGCCUAUGAUGCUUCUGUGGAUAUAUCUGUACCGGCUCGCCCUGCCCGGCUCGCCAAUGUGAAGCUCGUGUCUCCUAGUGAGAUGCCAAAGCUGGGAAAGGCUGGGAGUUUACAGAGUAGACAAGCUCUUGUGCACAGUCUUGUGCAUACUGAAAGUUGGGCCAUUGACUUAUCUUGGGAUAUAAUUGCUCGGUUUGGCAGGCAAGAGUCCAUGCCAAGAGAUUUUUUCACAGAUUUUGUGAAAGUGGCACAAGAUGAAGGCCGGCACUUCACCCUGCUUGCAGAGCGACUUAAGGAACUAGGAUCUUUCUAUGGAGCGCUGCCUGCUCAUGAUGGUCUCUGGGAUUCAGCUACUGCUACUUCAAAGGAUCUGUUGGCACGUUUGGCAAUUGAACAUUGUGUUCAUGAGGCUAGAGGACUUGAUGUGCUGCCGACAACCAUAUCACGUUUCCGGAAAGGAGGUGAUGACAAAACGGCCGAGUUAUUGGAGAAAGUUGUUUACCCAGAAGAAAUUACUCAUUGUGCCACUGGAGUCAAGUGGUUUAAGUAUCUCUGUCUGAGGUCAAAAAGUCCACUAAUGGCUUCUGAUUCCCUGGUCUCCAAGGAAAGUGAACCUGAAGAAGCUGAAAUUAUUAGUAAGAUGCAUGAUGAAGUAAUUCAAAAGUUUCAUGCAAGCGUGAGGGUGUUCUUCCGUGGACCGCUUAAGCCACCUUUCAAUGAGGCAGCAAGAAGUGCUGCUGGAUUCGGACCUCAAUGGUAUGAACCUCUUGCUGUCAAAGACGGUUCUGCAGAAUGAGAGCUCUCCCGUACCAGAUUUGUUGUCUUUGUUGUUAUACAGAAAAUACGAAGAGAAAAUGAUCAAACAAGCCAUGACUGUGUUUGUUUUCUGUUUUUGUUUAUUUUAAAUUUUAAUUUGAAUUAUAAAUUUAAGUUAUUUUAUA